CGUCACUUCCGGGUGAAGUCGGACAGUUAAAAAAAAUCUGGCUGCCAUGAAUUUAUCCUAGAUUGCUGCUAAGUGGCUCAAACAAGAGUAGUACAUCCAUGUCAAGACACAGGAAGAGUUUUCUAAGUUUUGCUCUGCUUUCGUGUACACUUAGGUGUACACGUUCCUGCUCACUAACCAGCUGUAAGUCGGAUCCAGUCUGUUCACGGAGGAGAUCCAAAAACCUUGGUGCUGUGCUUUGCUGUGGCAGCUGAUUUCAAGACCAAAGCACGUCUAGAUUAAAAUUCAUACCAGAAGAUGAACGGACUGUCCAUACGAGAACUAUGUUGCCUCUUCUGCUGCCCCCCUUGUCCCAGCCGCAUUGCUGCCAAGCUGGCUUUCCUCCCACCAGAGCCCACCUAUGCUUUACUCCCUGAUCCAGAUCCAAGUUCUGGCACUGCGCCUGUUACUGCCCCUAACUCUGGGGCUGUUCCCUCUUCUAUUGGAGCCCCUGGACUGCGUUCUAGGCUUAAUACUGGCAGUGGAAGUGACAGAGGAGGAGGAGGAGGAGGAGGGGGAGGAGGCGGUGUUGGUGCUGGCAGUGCUGGCACCAGCAGUACCGGUGGUAGUAGCAGUGAGGGUAGGUGGAAGCUUCAUCUCACAGAAAGAGCCGAGUUCCAGUAUUCACAGAGAGAGCUGGAUGUGACCGACGUGUUUUUGACCCGAUCAAGCCGAGGAAACAGGGUCGGAUGCAUGUAUAUACGCUGUGCCCCCAAUGCAAGGUUUACAGUGCUGUUUUCUCAUGGAAAUGCAGUAGAUUUAGGCCAGAUGAGCAGUUUCUACAUUGGCUUAGGCACACGCAUCAACUGCAACAUCUUCUCCUACGAUUACUCGGGUUAUGGAGUUAGCACUGGCAAACCCUCUGAGAAGAACCUAUACGCCGAUAUUGAUGCUGCUUGGCACGCCCUUCGCUCCCGGUAUGGCAUAAGUCCGGAGAACAUCAUCCUGUACGGACAAAGCAUUGGCACGGUGCCCACGGUAGACCUAGCGUCGCGGUUUGAGUGUGCCGCUGUGGUCCUUCACUCUCCUCUCACCUCUGGAAUGCGAGUGGCGUUCCCCGACACUAAGAAAACAUACUGCUUUGACGCCUUUCCAAACAUCGAGAAAGUAUCAAAGAUCCCGUCUCCAGUGCUCAUCAUCCACGGUACUGAAGACGAGGUGAUCGAUUUCUCUCACGGCCUGGCCCUGUUCGAGCGCUGUCCCAAGGCCGUGGAGCCGCUGUGGGUGGAAGGCGCCGGUCACAACGACAUAGAGCUUUACAGUCAGUACUUGGAGAGGCUACGGCGCUUCAUCAACCAGGACCUCGCUGCACAGCACACCUGAGAAACGAACAACCUCUCUGGUUUUGUAUGUAUGACAACUAGUGUGUGUAUGUGUGUGUGAGUGUGUGCGUGUGUGCGUGGUAGCAUGUGUGCAAAACAAAACAUCAGCACAUUUGCAUUUCAGUCUGAAAGGGAAAGCGUCAUUUGGGUCACAUCUUUGUGUCUUUUAAACACCACACUUAGAGGUUAAAAAUAAACACAACCAAUGACUUGUUUCCUGUUUUUUAAGGCCAGGUCCUUUUACAAACCGUCAGUACAUCCAUCCUCGGUGUUUAGAAUCAUAAAGUCAACAACCCAGCCAUGAGCUGCAGCUGCAAGAUGUGUUGACCUACUGAAAUUGGGAAGUAACUACAAUCUCUUUUCUCUAAACAGACGCACAGAUGGCGUUUUAAAGUGUGAUGUGCUGGUGAAUGCAUGUGUCAUGGUGCGUGCGUGCGUGUGUAUGUGAAGAUCUCUGUGGACCUGUGAGACCUGAAUAAUGUGUAGACAUGUCGGCAUGCGUUGCCAGGACAUGCUGGUCGAAAUGAAGGACAUCCUGAUGACUUGGACAGCUGCAAGUAAAGGAAGCUGAGGGAGACUUAUCAUUGCUGUUUAUUUUAUUUUGAAAGUGUGUAUGUCUAAAGAAUACCUCCCCGCUUUGGCCGCUUCUUUUUCCAGUGGACAUAUACUGGUGUCGCCUCCUUUUGAAUGAACCUCCAUCGGACUGCCAGGGCAUUCCCCAAGUGUUGCUUCAGCUGACACCUUCCUGAACUUUAGGCUGGUUUAAGACUUCUCUGGCAUUUUCUGGUGCCAGUUCGGAUGAUAACACUAAAACUCUCCUGGGAUGCUUUUACACUCUCAUAUUUUCACUUUUCUUUUCCCUUGUGAAUCCGAUUAGACAAUGACUUGCUCCUGUGUUUCGCCCAGGCAUCAGCCUUUACCUCUCCUCACAAUUGUAUUAAUAAAGUUUCAGGAAACACAUUGCAUUUCCCUUAGCGAGUGCGCAGUCUGUAGCACACAUUCAAUUUGUAGGUUGGUUCAAUCGAUGCAAAUGCAGAUCUGCUCUGUGAUUCACUUUAGGUUGGCUCCUAACAGAUGGAUCUUCUGUCAAGCAGUAGUUGAUUUUUGAAAAGCAAAAGGUGCACAUUACAGUUGUAGAAAUGUUUUUUUUUUCUUUUUUCUUUUUUCUUUUGGAGACACCAUGUCAUUUCUGACCGGAAAAAAGAAGCUAGUUGACAGAAUUUCCUUUCACCUUUGGGCAGAAACACUUUUGCAUUUCCGUUUUUCACAUAAAGUUUAGCAGAAAAUGACUGGUUUUCACUUGAUAAAUGGAGAGCUUUUCAACUGUCCCUUUAAAAAAAAAAAAGUUCAAAUGUCUGGCAAUGCUUGUAAUUCUGAACAAUUUUGUACUUCGAACACGAUGCUUUGGUUACAUUUCAUGCUUCAAAUCCGACUAGAGACAAAUGAUCUGCUUAGAUCGCCACGAUAAUGAAGCUUGUGUCUGUUUUCCUAAUAACAAUCAUGCUUCAGGACUACAGUUUACUUCCCGUGAAGCGCUCAGCACCACACGUCGGCCUCCUUUCACAGACCGUGGCACAUUUCUCGGAAGACCUCGACAUGAUUGCCCCUUGACUUGAUUUUCAUAGUGUGGAGGUGUUUUCCCACCACGCUCGUGGAUGUUGUGACUAACAGUGACCAGGAUGGAACAUCAUGCCUACUCUCGCUCUGUUUUGACCUCUGUCGCCCCUAAGUGUACAGUAGCUCUCUUAUGGGUGGCAGCACGCUUCUAAUGUCUGACACAAGCCAUACUUGAGCCUCUCACUGUUGGUGUGGUGCAGGUUCCACCACACACACACCUUUGCACAUCAGCACACACACCCAAACACUACAUACAAACACUUAUAUUUACACAUUUAUAUAUAUAUAUAUCUAUAUAUAUAUAUCAGAUCAAGCAUGACAAAAGCAGGUCUUAAGUUCAGCACUAUUGUACAAAGCAUCCAAAGUGUAAUAAGGGUAUAAAUGUUUUUUUUUCUCCUUUUUUUUGCUGUGUUUCUACAGGCCAGCGCUGAGGACAUUGUGUUGAUAUGAACUAAUAGGUUCUGAGAGUAAAUCAGACUAACUACCGGUUGUGACACAGGAGACCGAUCAGUUCCAGUGGUAGUGGCUGUGUUUUGUGAAAGGGAACAUCUAUAUAUAUAUAUAAAACAAAAACAAAAAAAACUAGCACUGUUUCUGAUGACUCCAUUUUUGGGAGGACAAGAGGCUCAUGAAGCCAAGCAGGAGCCCUCACACCACUCGCGUCCUGUCAUCCUCUUGAGCAGGAAAUGUUUUCAUCAUGUUCGCUUUUUGUCUCUGAUAUCUCAAAAAAAGAAGGAAAUCUGUCUGUUUCUAAGAGGAUCUGAGCCGUUUGGGGAAAAAAAAAAAGACAUUGAGUGUGAGCUCCUCACUCUGAAAGUUAAGGGUCGUUGUCAUUUUUUCCUGGACAGCUUAUCAGGGAAAACAAAUGGAGUGUCAUUGAGUCAUGGGGUCACAGAAACUGGGUGGAUCGUACUGUUUUAUUAAUGCACCACUAAGGUUGACAUAUAUUGUAUUCUCUGGCCUUGAAUGUGUAUUGAAGGGGUGGGUGGGGGGGAGGGAGGGGGCUUGCACAGUAAAAACUGUAUGCAUGUCUAUUGUGUUUUUGCAGAGCAAAUGAGACAUUAUGUAUUGUGUAGUCUAUGUGAGGGUAAAGCUGAACUCAUGCUGUUGGAACAGUGAAGCGCUUUUUUUUUUGUAAAAAAAAAAAAAAAAAAAAAA